CAAACUUUGAGAAGCCCGGAUCGUUCCCAGUGGAUCAGCUUGGGCCGCAUUGGGAGGCGGUAGUCUAACUUCAUCCCCGGGCCGGUAGUCGGAUAUGCCCACGUCGGGGGCCUCAAGGAAGGGGAUGAUGGACUCGCAAAGCGGGACGCACUAACGCCGAAGGAUCACUGAAGCAAAGACAUUCACUCCCGGCUUCGCCCCCCCGCCACCCCGUGGAGAGGAGAGGGCGGCUGGGGCACCAGAUUCUUCCGACGGGCGCGCCCCUUGGCCGCUUUGACUGACUGUCUUGCCUUGCGGGCGGCUGUGAAGUUAAGAAAUCUUGCCACCCUUCCAAAACUACUGUGAGUUCCUUCGUGUAGUACAGCUCGAGUGCAGCCACACCCUCCCUGUGCUUCCUGAUAGGGGAUGCAGGCUCCUAACUGAAUCUGUCUGCCAUUCCAAUACAGCAAAAGCCACCGCAAUCGCAACGGCUGACACUAGACUUGUGGGGGGUUAUUACUGAACAUCGUUGGACGAAAAGAAAUACAUCUCCUUAAAAUCUCAAAUCACCGAAAGAAAAAGAAGGUGGAGAAAGCAAAAGUGAAGUCGCCUUGUGGGAGUUUUUCUUUGAAUUCUGGCGGAAAUCUGCAACAUCAGCCCCCAAACCAGAAGUGAAAUCUGAUUUUCUUUUUGUGUGCGCGCGCGUGAGAGGGGGAACAGAGGAUAAUUUCUCCUUUUUUAAAAAAAAAAUCAACCCCCCCCCCCGUUCCAGAUGCUCUCCUAGAAAGCGACAGCAUCGGAGGAACAAAAUCCAACUCGAGGACAAGGAUUCCCGGCGAGAAGUUAAACCAAAACAGCCUCAUGUAUGGAGCCAGGAGGCGGUGGAGUUCCAGACUGAGGACAUGCACAUUGGGUUGUGCUGGGCAAACGGAUUAAGAGCGGGAGGAGUGCCCGUGUCUUUAUUUGAUUAUUUGGGCAGCGGGACCUCUGUUUGCAAAACCGGCGGCGAGGAACUGAGCUUGGCAUCGACUGCGAAUCCUCCUUUCCGUGGAGCAGGAGGGCGAAAGAAUUCGUUGAUUGUAAUAUUUUGUUUGAUUUUUGUUUUGCAUUCUUGGAUCACUGAGCCCUUUCCUUUCCGGUCAUUGAUGGGACGAUGAUGCGAGCGGACGGAGAUCCUGGGCUCAAUAGGAACGGUGCUGGUCUCCCAAGCGGCAUGCGAGAGGCCGCUCGGCACUAUGGCUAGUAGCGGCUCGGCCAAGUCAGGGGCGAGCGGUUCGGUUUCGGGCUCGGGUUCCCAGCAGCGGCGGAGACUGGUUUUCGUCUGCGACAUGUGCAAGAGCAAGAUGCAACUGGUGGCCGACCUGCUGCUGCUGUCCGGCGACAACCGCCCGGUGCACAGCGAGAGCCUGGCACCUGGGCCCGGCCAGUCCUUCGACAAGAUCCGGGACGCGGUGAUCGCCCGCACCAAGGGGCUCUCCAUCCUCACCCACGACCUGCAGAGCCAGCUCAACCUGGGCCGCUACGGCGAGGUGGCCGAGCGCCUGGCCGAGCUCAGCGAGCUGGUGGUGGCUCUGGUCGAGUGUUCGGCCCACGCCGCUUACCUGGCGGCGGCCGAAGCUCCGGGCUCGCAAGCGGCUGUGGCCGGUCUGGUGGACCGUUACCGGCUGCGGCGGGCCCGCCACGAGGUGGAGCAGAGCUGCGGGCUGCUGCGGACGGCGCCGGUGUCCGAGCUUACCCCGCCGCUGCUGCUCGAGGUGUCGCGGGGUCUAGCGAGGGGUCUCCGCGGGCUCACUGAAGCCUGCGCUCCGGCCGGCCGAGGCAGUGGGGACCGCUUCGCCCGCGACCAGCUCCGCCUUGGGGUCAAGUGCAUGAGCGCUAGCGCCGCGGCCCUGCUGGCCUGUGUACGGGAGCUGAAGGCUCGGCCGGGUGAGGCUAGCCGGGCCCGCUGUGUGCUGUUCGGGGGCCCGCUGCUGCAGGCCGUGCACGCCCUGGUCGGCUUCGCCAGCGAGCCGCAGUUUGUGGGCCAGGCGGCGGCUCUGAGUGCCGAGGGCCGGGCCGUGCAGACCGCCGUGCUGGGCGGCGCCAUGAGCGUAGUAUCGGCCUCGGUGCUGCUCACCCAGUGCCUCCGGGACAUCGCGCUGCACUCAGACAGCAGCAAGGUGCCCGACUACCGGCAGCGCCUGCACCAUUCGGCCCUGGCCGUGUCUGACGGCUGUAACCUGCUGUCUCAGGCGCUGCGGGAGAGAUCGUCUCCCCGGACCCUGCCUCCUCCUCCUCCUCCUCCUCCGCCCCUCAAUUGUCACUCUGUGAAUUAAUUCCCUCCUUGUCCCCCCUCUCCCGCUUUCACCCUCCCCAUCCCCCCCCCCGUCCCCGCCUCUCCCGCUUUCACCCCCCCACCCCCUCCUUGUGGCCCCUCCUCACCCCCUCCUUGUCUCCAUCUCCCUCUUUCAUACUGCCCCACCCCUCCUUGCUCCCCCAACCCCCUCUAUAUCCCCGUUACUUCAUCCCUCUGCACCCCCAUCCCUCGACUCCCUAUUUCCCCCAAUUCUUCCUCCCCAUGUCCCCAUCCCUUUCCCCCUUACCCCCUCUGUCUCUUACACUUCCCUAUAACCCCCCACCCCCUUAUGCAAAAGACAUUGUUUCCCCCUCUUCAAUACCAAAGAAUCCUCGGGCACCGACCGCUGUGUUCUGUGUGUGGAAGUUUGCGUGGGUUGGUGUUCGUUUUCCUUUCCCCUUUGCUUUUGUUUUUGGACACUUGGCACCAGACCAGGCCCUUAGGCCCACCGUGCCUCUACUAGCUCUUUGACAGAGCUCUUUCCACUGGCCCCCUGACCCAGAGACAGACGGCUUUUACACUAACCCCCUGGGGGGAGGUUUCAAACCAAUCAGACCAAGACACAAUGAACUGAUGGAGGCUUUAAUCGUGCUGGGUGCGGUUGGGAUAGAAAGUCAGUGUCUUGGGGCUGUCCUAUUGUUUGUUACAGCGGGGUGAUUUUUUAAAAAAAGUGUCAAAUCGAGUCAAUUAACAUCAUGGUUUAGAAAGGGGACUUACCUCAGUUAACAGAGUGCACACACAAACACACAUUACCAGCGGGGUGGAAUGUAGCUCCGUCAUGUGUGAUCUAUGGAGUCAAAUGGUAAGAGAGAGAAGUGAGUCUGGUGUUCGCGAAAGGGAGUGUGCAGUUGUGAUCGUGAUCUUUUCACGUCUUGAUUUUUAAAAAGUUGGGAUAAAGCUGCUGUGAGUGUUUUUUUUUCCAGUUUUACACUAUUUGCCAGACGUGGAAGUCGAUGUCAAGUUUUCUUGCAUGUACUGGAGUAUUUAUUUCAACAUUAAAAUGUUAUGUUUCUCAUGA